UGAGGUGGUUGCAGCCGAUUGGCGCGAAUCGUGGGGGUGUAUUUCGUGCAGUUUUCAUUCGGCAUUAUUGGGGGAACGUCAUUUUAUGGCUAUCUAAGCAUCAUGGAUAUCAGACCCAACCAAACAAUUUACAUCAACAACUUAAAUGAGCGAGUGAAGAAGCCAGAACUGAAGCACUCCCUCUAUUGCCUCUUUUCUCAGUAUGGGCCGAUUCUGGAUAUUGUGGCACUCAAGACACCAAAGAUGCGGGGCCAGGCUUUCAUCGCAUUUAAGGAGAUUGGGAAUGCCACCAAUGCAUUGAGAUCGAUGCAAGGAUUCCCAUUCUAUGAUAAGCCCAUGCGGAUCCAGUACGGAAAAUCCGAGUCCGACGCCGUGUCCAAGCUGAAGGGCACGUACCGCCAGGAGGGCGGCAAGCGCAAGGAGCCGGUCACCAAGAAGCCGAAGAAGACGAAGCCGGGUGCGGCGGCGGCGCCGGGCGCGCGCCCCGCGACGGCCGAUGGUGACCAGGCGGACACGGCGCCCGGUCCCGAACAGCCGCCCAACCAGAUCCUCUUCCUCACCAGCCUGCCCGAGGAGACCAACGAAAUGAUGCUGCAGAUGCUGUUCAACCAGUUUCCGGGCUUCAAAGAGGUGCGCCUGGUGCCGGGCCGGAGCGAUAUCGCUUUCGUCGAGUUUGACUCGGAACUGCAGUCGACGGCCGCUCGCUCCGCCCUGCAGGGCUUCAAGAUCACACCCACCCAUGCCAUGCGCAUCUCGUUCGCCAAGAAGUGAGCCGGCGGACGUGCGCGUGAUAGCUUGAUUGGGGGAUUGACAGUGACGUCACACUGCCUGUGGCAGUCGGCGCCGCGCCGUCAGACUGACUUCAUCGUCGCAUUGUUCAUCUCACGGUAUGUAGACUGGCGUCGGGCGUGAUGUUUUGUGGGCAUCGUCAAAAUUUGUAUCCCCGUUGGCAGCGAUUCACGAGAGGACCAACACUUUUUGAAUUGUGCUCGGAUUUUGUACACUGGUGGGACGGCGUUCGCCCAACGUUUGGUGCGAUGAAACCACGUGUUUCGGUGUCGUUCUCAAUGACAGCGCUCGUCGAACUCGCGUCUGUGGCUGAACGUCAUCUGCCUGUUGGAUGUAUUGUACCGUAAUAGAUGUCGCCCAUGGGGCGCAAUCAAUAUUGGUACAAUUCUGGACAAGACUUGAUUUCAAACAAGCCCAAUGAAUACUUGUAUUUCGCUCAGUUGUCUCAAGCAUACAAUAAAUAACACAUCGUAUCAGA